CGCUGUUAGAGUUAAGUUGAGAGUGUGGGUGAGAGGAAAACAAGCGACUUACCGAAAAGAGGCACAAAUGUAAAAACAAUAAUGGGUGUUAUAUUUCUUGAACAUAUUGGGGGUACCCGACUAUUUUCAUGUGCAUCUUGCGAUACAAAUUUAACAAACAGAGAUCAGCUAAUAAGCACAAGAUUUACUGGAGCAACUGGCCGAGCAUUUCUCUUCAACAAGGUUGUUAACCUCAAGUACAGAACCUUUUUUCAUAGCGAGGUCCAAGAUAGAGUCAUGUUAACAGGACGUCAUAUGGUUCGUGAUGUGAGUUGCAAAAAUUGUGAGGCCAAACUCGGAUGGAUGUAUGAAUUUGCUACUGACAAGAAUCAACAGUAUAAAGAAGGAAAAGUUAUUCUAGAACGAGCACUUAUUACUGAAACAGAUGGGCUUGGUGAAAGUAUAUAAAUUAUCAAGUAGUUUUCCAACAUGACAUUCAAGUUAUAUUCGAGUUACAUUAAAGUUCAAGUUGAUAUUAAUCACUUACUUACAAAAUAUUUUACACAUAAAAAUUAAGUGCUUAUCAUGUUGCUACAGUCAUCAAGUUUUGUUUUUGUAUGAAUUAUAUUUUUACAAACGACUGACGCAUUGUAUCAUUUGCAUAGGAAAAUCUUUUACUCAAAACAAGCAACACUUUGUAUAUAAUUUUCUAACGUAUUAAGUUAAGUGAAAUUCUAUUUAAAAAAUUAAAAUUUAUUAUAGUCUUAAUUUUUUUUGGAAGAAAAAGGUAAGAAAUAAUCAUGAGAUAAUUUUUUUUUUCAAUCUUACAUGAUUGUAAAAUCGAUUGGAAAAUUAAACUGAUGAUUUGUGAUAAAAUAUGUUAAAAUAUCUGAAUAAAAAUGU